AUGUUCGUCUCUCCCUCUGCUGAGCACCAUAUUGCGUUUCCCACAAAGCCCAAGCCCCUCCUCCCCAUCUUCACAUUCGCCCAGAGCCAGAGCUGCAUGAACCUAAGGAUGGACUUGGAUGUGUUGGACUUUCAAGGUUGUGGAAGGAGUGGAUUCGACUGCUCGAGGAGCGAACUAGACCUCGCGCGCCCCAAGGACGCGUAUCAAAGCCCGCUGCAGAGGAUCGGCCAGGCGCUGCGGGUACAGCAACAGACGAGCUCGAAUGCGAUAACGACUGCGCCAUCCACCACAACUCAGCAGGAACCUGUGCCACUGCCCGAAUCGCAAAGUCCCGCGCGCCCCACUACGAACUUCUUCCACAAGCUCCGCUUCGACGCUAGCGCACCCACAUCUGAGAUCAAGACAGGAAACAAUGCAGUUCUGGGCGCUGAGAGAGACUCGACCGACACGGGCAGCAUGGUUGGGUCUAUGACGAAGGCUCAGCAGCAAACACCGCAGAACAGAGGCUACUUUCCGGGCACAAGCUUACUUUCUUUCUUUAGCAAUCCACGGACGCGCGCACCUUUCAAGCCGCAAAAGUCGAAUCGCGGCACAAGCAGCUGGCAGUUGAAGCAGUAUGCCGAGGCCACACUGGGCAGUGGCAGCUUAAGGAAGGCUGUCAAGCUACCAGAGGGCGAAGACAAGGACGAAUGGCUGGCUCAGAAGCUCGAGGCAUGGCUGACAAAAAUGCCAGUCGUCGACUUCUACAACCAGAUCAACCUACUCUAUGGCUCCAUCACCGAGUUCUGCUCGCCCCAGAGCUGUCCUGAGAUGAAAGCCACCGACGACCCACCAAGAUGCCUGCCCCACAAUACAUCGCAGCACCUUAUGGCAUGGGUCCAGUCCAACGUCGACAACGAAUCCAUGUUCCCCUCGCGCAUCGGCGUCCCCUUCCCCAAGACCUUCCCCGCAUUGAUUCGGAACAUGUUCAAGCGUCUAUACCGAGUCUAUGCUCACAUCUACUGCCACCAUUACCCGGUCGUCAUCGAGCUUGGUUUGGAGCCGCAUCUCAACACGAGCUUCAAGCACUACGUCCUAUUCAUCGACGAGCAUGGCUUAGCAAACGGGAGCAAGGACUUCUGGGGGCCCUUGGGCGACUUGGUCGAGAGUAUGUUGAGGAGCGACUAG